AUGGCUGCGCGCACGGCUCUGCUCGAGGCAGGCGCGUCUGCCAGCGAUGAUGACCUAGCAACCGCUGCGGCAAAUGGAACACGCAGGGGUGUGAAGGGCACAUCGAGCAUGCAGAAAGCCGCCGCCACCAAAACCGCAACCAAGCGCAAAGCCGCGUCAAAACAGUCUCGUCAGGUGUUAAAGGAUCGCACGAACAUGCAGAGCGACGCAGAGGACUUUGACGAUGACGAUGAGGUUGCGAAGCCGAAGCAGAAACGUGCGAAGACUGCCGCCGCCAAGAAGCCAAAAGCGAAGGAGACAUUGGGCGUGAUACCGGAAACACAAAUGAAUGCCGAUGACAUUGAGGAAUCCAUUGAGAUCGACGGCGACCUCGACAUCGCACAAGCGCCUACGCAACAGCUACGACCCAUUCAGCGAGCACGAUCAACAUCUGUGCAACUUCUUGCACCUCGCGCCAGCGCACGAUCAGUUUCUGCGCAGCCUGGGUACCCCGUUGCACGCGAGCGAAGUGGAAGUGCUAGUGGCACUGAGCGCGAGCGAAGAGGCGGCGAUCCAGAGCUGCGACGGAAGCUCAACGACAUGACAAACAAGUACGACAACAUUAAUCUGAAGUACCAGAAUUUGCAGGAGAUCGGCAAAAGCAAUGCCGAGUCAAACUUCGAGAGGCUUAAGCGUGCGUCUGAUGAGAAGGCGAAGGAUGCGAACGCGCUCAUCGUGUCUCUUAAGAAGGAGAUUGCGGAGCUGCGCAAGAGUACGACAAACAGCUCUGAGUCUGCCGGUCUUCAAAAACAGAUCUCUACCCUGUCCACCGCCAAUGAGAAGCUUUCGAAUGACUCUGCAACAUUCAAGGGGAAGCUGCAGACCUCGCAAAACGAAGUGAAGUCACUGGAAGCGAAGCUAGUGGCAGCACGACAGCAGGUGGCAAAUAGCGCCACUCAGGAAAGUAAGACAAGCGCCUCUCAGACAGCGGCGAGCCGGAGUGUUGGACCCAACUCGACGGAUGCCUUGAAAGAGGCUAAAAUGAAGGAGAAUCUGUACUCAGACUUGACUGGUCUCAUCAUUCGUGGCGUGAAGAGGAAGGAUGGCGAAGACGAGUACGACUGUAUCCAGACCGGUCGUAACGGAACCCUCCACUUCCAUCUUUCGGUAGCCAACGACGCCGCCAUCGCCAACCCCAAGACUCCGACAGGCUUGUCAUACGAAGAAGCCGAGUUCGCAUACGAGCCCUUCCUCGACGAGUCUCGGGAUCACGAACUCAUCGAGAUCCUCCCCGAUUACUUGGCUGAGGAGAUAUGCUUCCCGCGAGUUCAUGCUGUCAAAUUCUACGUCAAGGUCGUUGAGAGCAUGACCAAGAGGAUUGUUGUCGAAGAGGAUUGA